UACCGGCAGGGUAGAACAGGAAGCGGAGCCUUUCUGUUUCCGGUAUGCGACAGUGCGCCAAGCAGCGGCUCUUGUUGAUAGAUAUCGGAAUACAUGGAACCGUUUUAUUCGUUAAAAACAGUUAUCCGAUCUUACAUCUGAAUUAAUUAGCAAUCACUCGAAGCAGGAUGUCGGCCAGUGCGGUGUAUGUACUGGACCUGAAAGGGAAGGUCCUGAUCUGUCGCAAUUACCGUGGUGAUGUGGACAUGUCGGAGAUCGAGCACUUCAUGCCCAUUUUAAUGGACAAGGAGGAAGAAGGAACGCUUUCCCCUAUUCUGGCGCAUGGAGGGGUCCGGUUCAUGUGGAUCAAACACAACAAUCUGUACCUUGUUGCUACCUCAAAGAAGAACGCGUGUGUGUCCUUGGUGUUUUCCUUUCUCUACAAGAUUGUCACGGUGUUCUCGGAGUAUUUCAAGGAGCUGGAGGAAGAGAGCAUUCGGGAUAAUUUUGUUAUCGUCUAUGAGCUGAUGGACGAGUUGAUGGAUUUUGGAUACCCUCAAACGACCGACAGUAAAAUCCUUCAGGAGUACAUCACCCAGGAGGGACACAAACUGGACACAGGGGCCCCUCGUCCUCCAGCCACAGUCACCAACGCCGUUUCCUGGAGAUCGGAGGGCAUCAAAUACAGGAAAAACGAGGUGUUCCUGGACGUGAUCGAAUCUGUUAAUCUCCUGGUCAGUGCCAAUGGGAAUGUGCUGCGCAGUGAGAUCGUGGGCUCUAUCAAAAUGCGAGUGUUCCUCUCGGGCAUGCCUGAGCUCAGGCUGGGACUCAACGACAAAGUCCUGUUUGACAAUACUGGCCGAGGAAAGAGCAAGUCUGUGGAGCUGGAAGACGUGAAGUUCCACCAGUGUGUGCGUCUGUCUCGCUUUGAGAACGACCGCACCAUCUCAUUCAUUCCACCAGAUGGCGAGUUUGAGCUCAUGUCCUACCGUCUCAACACCCAUGUGAAGCCGUUGAUCUGGAUUGAAUCAGUGAUUGAGAAGCACUCGCACAGCCGCAUCGAGUACAUGAUCAAGGCUAAAAGUCAGUUUAAACGCAGAUCCACAGCCAACAACGUUGAAAUCCACAUUCCUGUUCCAACCGACGCUGACUCGCCCAAGUUUAAAACCACAGUGGGCAACGUGAAAUGGAUUCCCGAGAACAGCGAGAUAGUCUGGUCUGUGAAAUCAUUCCCGGGAGGGAAGGAGUACCUGAUGAGAGCCCACUUUGGCUUGCCGAGCGUGGAGGCUGAGGAUAAAGAAGGAAAGCCGCCCAUAAGUGUGAAGUUUGAAAUUCCCUAUUUCACAACAUCAGGAAUCCAAGUUCGUUAUCUGAAGAUCAUUGAGAAGAGUGGGUACCAGGCCUUGCCGUGGGUACGAUACAUCACCCAGAAUGGAGACUACCAGCUCAGAACCAGCUAGAAAAAGCACCCGUCUGUGGCCUGUGGAACUGAAGCCUCCACAGUCUUCUCUGGUUUUAAAGUCGACUGCAUUGUGUUUGUGUCCUGGACCUUUGUAUCAUCAUUACUAACAUUUCACUGAUUUGUAAACCACUGAAGAAGUGCGAUCUCCCCGUGAUUCAGACUGAAGUAACCGUUAGCAACCGCAUUAGCAUCAGUUCAACAGUGUUUUUGACAAUGUUACAUUAUUUUAAAUUUAUAUAUAAAACCUAAACCGUUUCUUGCUGCAGAAAUCAAAGAAAGAUAAGUACAAUGAAUUAGUAUUCAACCUAGAAGUAUAGCACAAAGCUUAACGUUCUUUAAUUGAAGUCAUAUACAAAUAAUUUAAAAAGCUGUACAGCUGUUCAAAGUAUGUAACUGCAGUUGUGUUUUUUUUGGUUGUUUUUCUGAUCUCUUUUGGGAUGAAAAAACAAAUCUGAAAGUAUUCACCCUGUUUACGGUUCGACAAUGUUAAUCCGUUAUUAGGUCAAUAAAAAGGUGCAGCCUUGCCUCUUUCAUGUUACCCUGUCAGACCAGUGUGCCUGAAGGGUUAUUUUUGUUCAGCCUUGGUCGCGCGAUCAGUGUUGGUUUGUAAAGCUCAAGAUUUAGAACAGCUUGGUUCUUUUGGUUAUCUGUGUUUUUCUCCUUCUGAUGUAGUUCCUGCCAGCCCAAUUGCUACCUAAUAGGCAUAGACCUCAAUAAAACCUUUUAGUAUUUAAUGUUAGUCUUCACAUCCUAAAUGUUACGCUACUGCAGCGGAUUGUGCUAAAUGCUCCAUAUGCAUAGUUCUUUUAGCAAGCUGCUAAUCAAGUGAUCUGCAGUUGCAGUGUGAAUGCAUAGAUACAUGUUAAUGUAUAAAAUACACAUUUUGACUGAAGUUGAUUGUGAAAAAUGGUUAAAAAAAAAACAAAAACGUUUCUUUCAAAUAAAAUAACUUUUUAAUCCUG